CAUUUCCUGAGUGCAACAUAUAGUUUCAGUUUAGUGAGUUGUGUUAUCUGUCAUGAUGGAACAAACUGUUUCUAAUGUGGAAGUCUGUAAUUUGGCCUUCACUGGUGAAUUUGACAAAUUAAAGAAAUGCAUUCUAACGGAUAAAUCGCUCGCAUGCAAAACAGAUCAGGACCAGAGAACAGCUCUCCAUUGGGCCUGCUCGGCUGGACACAUCAAGAUCGUAGAGUUCCUGCUGGAUCUGGGGGUGGAUGUCAACAUGCAAGAUGAUGCUAGUUGGACCCCCCUCCACAUUGCAGCAUCAGCUGGUAGAGAGGAAAUUGUGAAGUCACUGAUAAACAAAGGAGCCCAGCUAAACUCAGUCAACCAGAAUGGCUGCAGUGCUCUGCACUACGCUGCCUCCAAGGACCGAUAUGAGAUUGCCCUCCUGUUGUUGGAGAGUGGAGCGGACCCGAACGUCACAGAUAAGCUGGAAUCUACUCCCCUACACAGAGCCUCAGCCAAGGGCAACAGCCGUCUGAUCCAGCUCCUACUUGAGCAUAGUGCCUCCACCAACAUUCAGGACUGUGAGGGAAACACUGCACUCCACCUGGCGUGUGAUGAGGAGCGUGUGGAGGCAGCUAAACUCCUGGUGGAGAAUGGAGCCAGCAUCUACAUUGAGAACAAGGAGGAGAAGACACCAUUACAGAUCUCUAAAGGUGGACUUGCCACACUGUUGAGGAGGAUCGUUGAAGGAGGAAACGUUUGAAGCUUAGACACAGGAGGGUGGAGGAGAUUCAAUCAACUGGAACAUCUAAGUGGUGAAAAGUGAACUCAACAUUCUUUCUCCUUAUCUCCUCUCCUUAUCUCCUCUCCUUCACUCUGAUUGUUUUCAGAAAACAGGAUAAGCCCCCGUGUCCCCUUACACUACGUUUCUUAAAAUCCUUUCCUUUUCUCUGUCCUUCAUGCCUUCACCAGUCUUGUUCAGGGUUUGGGUCAAUUCAAUUUGGGUUCCAGUUUGAUUUAGGAAGUUAAAUGAAUUCCAAUCCCACAUUGUUGUAAUUUUAAAAGCAAUAGGGAGAAUUAGAAUUGCUUUUUACAUGCUGAAAUUGACACAACCCUGGUUACGUUACAGAUCAAUAUGGGUAACGGAGAAAAGAGGUGACACGGAAAGGAGAGGAGGCACAUGGGCUAAUAAGAUAAGGAUGUCAAAAUUCCAAUAACGUCCUUGAAAUUGUGGAUAGAACUGAGAUGUAUUCAUUAUUUGCAGACCGGUGUUAACAUUUGGAAACACCAUUUACUCUAGGAACACAAUGGGGAAUGGGUACCAGCAUUUGUCCAGUAGCAACAAUUUUUUUUCCACAUUUAGAAUAGAGCUAACAACUUCUGUGGCAGAUGGCAUCUUACAUUCAACUCCUUUCAGAAAUAACCUGUUAUUAGCUUGUCACUACAGAUAACCAGGCAUGUGUAAAACCAAUGCUAACAUCAGCAGAUGGCAGUGAUUACUUUCUUAAAUAAAAGGCUUAUCAUUAAAAAGCAACAACUUCUUUUCCAGCAACUUAUAUAUAUGUGUGUAAAAUGCCAACUAAGCCAGCAGAGGGCUGUACACCUCCAAAUUCAAGAAACCUCUAAAUGUAGGUUUUAAAUGUAUGCCUUUGCUAUGAGAGUCAGUCUCACAACCUGUUAGUUAUUGUUCAGAUGCUCUUUUGGGCUGACAGCCUUCAAAUGUAAUUUUUGUGUACACUUUAUUGAAGUCCAAUGAUUUUCUAGCAAUGAAUGGAACUUAUCGGCCCCUUUUUUUGCAGCCUAUUCCAUUCUGACUGAUGUGUUUCCAUGGCUAAAACCGUGAUCCUGGUGCAUUGUGUGCAGUCUUAGCUUGACAAGUGUAAAGCUCUAUUGACUUGCUGCCAGAGGUUGAAAGUUUGGAUGGAUGGUAUAUCAACACAAACUUCACUUAUCACCCAUUCAAAUAAUAAAAACAGGGGGCAUUGACAUAACCCAGAGUUUUUGGGGAAUUCCACCCAUGAAGUAUGAUAUCUGAUGUCAAUGGGAAAUCCAAUAAGUUUACACAUGUACAGGCUGAUGUAGAGUUUAAUAAAGAAGUAAUCACUGCCAGCUGUUGAUGUUAACAUAAGCCUAAUUAAUGUCAUGUUACCUGAUGUGCCUGAUUUACAAUUUCUAUCAAGUUAGAUAAGCGUAAAAGUUUUAAUAGCAGUUUAUUAAACUUACCAUCUUCAAUUUCUUUCAAGUUACAAUACAACAAACAUUUUAGUUGGCUGUUGAUUGAACUUAUUCCUAAACAGUUUUUUUUUCUUACAAUAUGUUCCCAAGUUUAGCCUAUAGAGAUGAAAGACGGUCUCACCUGGGUCCGGUGCCAUAAUAGCUUCUGUUCCAUCAGGAGCAGCCCCAGGGAGGCUGUGAUACUGUUAAAGUCAUGUCAAUGGCUAAUCCCUCCUGAUUACAUGGUUGGAGUUGACCGAGAUGUUUUUACAUUCUGAAAAGCAAACAUGCCUCAGAUGUAGAUUUGUUUAGGAUUUUUGCUACAUUUCUGGAGUUUCUUUUGAACAACACAACUGAACAUGAACCUGAGUUGUGAUCACGUGACCAACCACAUCAUCUGGAGGGACCAGCUAAUUAAAUUGGAAGCCCCACCAACUUGACUUUAAUAAUAUGGUGGACACUUUCAAUGGUGAUUGAACGUUUUUCACCCGUUAUGUCCUCUAAGGAUGUCUUUGUUGAAAAAAGGGUUUUCUAAAAUAUUUAGUCUGUCUGUAUGCACUAAUUUGAGUGCAAUAUCAUCAAAACUACUCACUUUUAAAGUUGGAAUUUCAUGGCUAACACAUAAGUGAUUCUACUUAUGCACAGAUAAACAGUACACAUCCAGCCCAAAAUGGGAGGUUUAAAAAUAUAAAUUUUCAUAUUCACUUCACAGACUGACACAGACAGACUUUAACAACUUGUUAAAAUUACCUCCAAGUUUUAUAUUAUCGCCUGCCUAUAUCAAACAUGUAUUAGGCUACUGGUCCUUUGAUUUCAAUACAUUUACUAUCUGUAAUAAUUAACAUUAAGUUACAUUUUGUUUGUUAAUGAAUCUGUUUUCUGGAAGAAGUUUCAUAAAAUUAUAUUUCGGUUGUGAAUAAAAAAUAAAAGGUGGUGAAUCUGGUUGUCUGUUAGCAAUUUGUAGUGAUUGGUUAGUUGCAGUAGUGUAGUGUCAAUAAAAAGGCCAUCUCAUCUUGGA